UUUCAUGCAAUGUCGUCCUCCGACAUGAGCGCAGACUAUGAAGCUUUCGAUACUGGCCGGCCUGGCUUUGUCAUAGGCAACCAUGAUUCUGGAAGGUGGGAUGCUCUAACUGACAACCACCAUUCGCAUGUUCUCGCUUCCGGUUUCAACUUUGUCACAGCUCCCGUGACCAACCGCCAUUUCCAUCAACGGGUUGUGGACUUGUAUAACUCUCACGUGAAAGAGACUCAAGAAUUUGGCCUGACUGACGCCGAAAAGACCAACCCAUCACUUCCUGGUCCUAUCAUCUCGACCUUGACAGAUGAUGAUACGUCACUCUUCCCCUCAUCCUUUGUCUCUGCAGUCAUUGCAUACUCCAGCCCAUGGAUAGAUUUGUGCUCUGAGGACCCUUUGGUCGCGAAUUUGUCGCGCCAGGCCCUUAACCUCGAGGUCGCAUAUGCCAACUUCUGCGGCGUUCGCAGUAUCGUCAUCCCUGGACCCCGGAGAGAUGACGACGCCAAAGGCAUUGCACAGUACGCCCGGGCUAUCCAGGAGGCAUUCUUGAUUGCAACCAGGCUCAACUUCAUCAUCCACAUCCCCAUGUAUCGGGAGCCAAAACUCGAGGAAACAGAAAUGCUGCUUUCUGAAGCUGUUGACAUAGAGAACAAAAAUUCCGAGAAGAAGGAAAUUGACCUGUUUGGCGCCUGGGACACUUGGCACACCAUUAGGUCUGUCUGUGAUUACAGUGUUAGACUGUUUGUGGCUUUGAGGAUCCCAAAGAGGCUUCCGGAGAAGGAGUUACAAACACGAUGGUUUGCGGAACCACUGCAUUACUUGACACUUGGGCCCAACACUUUCGAGAAGAACAGGGCUGGUCAUCCUUCUCUCAGUAAAAAUCAUCAAGAGAUGAUCAACAUGUACAUGAGGUUGAAGGCCUACCCCUGGUUCAUUGUGCACGAUCUUGGGCCGUCCAAAGAAGAGCUUACCCGGGCUGAGCAAGCGGGAUCAGAGUUCCCAACUUUGGCCGAGGCCGCCAAUGGCGACAGCCGGAUAGGCAGCAACCCCGAAGUUGCAUACCUGAGGCAUUUGGAACGUCAGCAGCCCCCUUAUGGGAAACUGGAAUCGCCAGCUCUCAUCAGCUUUCAGGACUGGCUGCAGUCGCCUCUGCAGCCGCUUUCUGAUAACCUCGAAUCAUCCACAUACGAGAUGUUCGAGGGCGACCCGGUCAAGUAUGACCAAUAUGAAAAGGCCAUCACCGAGGCAAUGGCAGAGUGGAAACUUCUCAAGAAGCCGACAUCAGGCUUCAACAAGGAGACCCAAGAGCCAGAACUUGUGGUGACAGUUGCAGGCGCAGGUCGUGGUCCUUUAGUUACUCGCGUGCUCCGGGCGAGCGCUGCCACGGGUUUCCCCGUACAGCUGUGGGCACUGGAGAAGAACCAAAAUGCCUAUGUCUACCUGCUGAGGCAAAAUGAGAGGGUGUGGGGUGGGAAAGUCCGCGUGAUCAAGACGGAUAUGCGCGAAUGGGACGGCAUCGUCCCGGUAGGACAGAAAGUAAGUGCCGAAAACCCAGCCGGUUCCGUCGACAUCCUCGUCACCGAGCUCCUGGGAUCCUUUGGAGACAACGAACUGUCUCCCGAGUGCCUCGAUGGUAUCCAGCGCCACCUGGCCAAACCACAUGGGAUUUCGAUCCCGCAUUCGUACACGGCGCAUCUCAGCCCCAUUGCGCACCCCAAACUUCAUGCAGAGAUCUCUAGCCGAUCCGUCACGGACCCUAACUCCUACAAUACGCCCUGGGUCGUCCGACUCUUUGCCAUUGACUUCCUCGCCAGCCGCGGCGUCCCCGGAAAACCGCGGUUUCAGCAAGCCUGGGAGUUUGUGCACCCCGUUCGCCUUCCCUUUGCCGAGAAGUGGGCAGCCGAACACGGUCCCCAUAGGAGGCCGAUCCGUGGAGGCGGCGGCGCCAUGAACCUCUCGUCGGGGCUGAACGAGCACAAUGCAAGACACUGUCACUUGACAUUCGUCUGCGGCCGGCGGGGUGUGAUGCACGGCCUGGCUGGGUAUUUCGAGUCGACCCUGUACGCGUCGCAGGUUCAAGGCAAGGAAAAGGAGCUGGUGGAGAUCAGCAUUUUGCCGGAGCAGAUCGACCGGAAGAGCAAGGAUAUGAUCUCUUGGUUCCCGAUCUACUUCCCUCUAAAUAAACCGCUUUACUUCCCUGAGGAUGCAGAGUUGGAGGUGAGCAUGUGGAGACAGACGGACGACACGAGGGUCUGGUACGAGUGGAUGGUCGAGGCGUAUCUCUGGGUCAGUCCGACACAGAGGGUGAAGAUUGGAGCUUCCGAUUUGCACAGCAGUAGAAAGCUAGCAUGUUUGAUGUGA